UUCGAAUUGACCUGCGAUAAGUCAUUAUGUAAUGCGACUGGAAACCUGCACGGAGGCGCGGUUGCACUCGUGUUCGACAUGUGUACAUCGGCCACGGUUGCGCCGGUCGCGAAGGAGAACUUCUGGGACACGGGUCAUGUCUCGCGGACGUUGAACUACACGUACAUACGACCAGCAUCGGAAGGGUCUGUCCUGCUUGUCGAGAGCGAGAUCGUCCAUCUUGGGAAGUCGAUGGGAAUGGUCCGUGGGGUUAUGAGGCGGAAGGAUAACGGGCUUGUAUGCUACACAUGCGAGCAUGGCGAAGCACGGGUGAUGCCGCCGAAGCCGAGUCUGUAA